GCCUCUCCAUGAUUCGUCCAUGAUCCCAGGUGUCAAUCGUGUGCCUCAAUAUCUCUGGCCAGGCCAAAGACUCAAGCCUCGCACAUUGCAAAUAACCCGCUUGCGUCAACAAUUGGCUCAAAUACUGAAAACAGGCCAAGUUGUCGCGCGUCCGAACGGUGCUGUGAAUGUCCAGGAUGUGUUGGGACAUCCUGAACUACGUGGCUACGAUUUUCGUACCCUCGAGAAGGUUCUCCGUUUGGAGCACACGAAGUACCAGCUAGUGUAUGAUCCCUCUCAUGCCAUGACCUCUGCUUGGUGGAUUUUACCUAUCCCAAACCCCGAUUUAAAUAACCCUUACCUCGCCCUCAAACGCCUUACAUCCCCGAAACUCACCAAGCUUGCGGUCCAUGGCACGUCGUUGACAGCAUGGCAAAGCAUAUUACGUGACGGCGGACUGUCCAGAAUGGCUCGCGACCACAUUCAUCUGGGACAAUCUCUGCACGGUACCUUUGUUCCGGGGCUCGCAAGCGCCUAUGAGAUUCUCAUUUACGUAGACGUGUUCCGAGCGAUGAAAGCCGAUAUUACCUUCUAUGCUGCUCCGGACAGUACACUUCUUACCCCAGGCGACGAGUUGGGAUACCUCCAGAGCCGUUUCUUUUCGCGAGUCGAGCACAUCAGCACCGAGAUCGAAAACAUUCCCACGUCUAGAUACGAUGAUCCUAUUGCCUGGCGAAAUACAGAUCGUUGAACAAGAUAAGGGAAAAUAUAGAAUCAGGGCGAGCGCGAGAAUGAAAGCCCAUGCUCACGUCUUUUCUCUCUUCUCCUUUUUGGCUUUCUUCUCCUUCUUCUCAAUGACAGUCUGCGCAAGUGAGUGAGAAAGAGAGUUUGCGAACUCAAUGAAUCUGACCUCGUCGGUAGUUUUGGCCGCCGCCUUCGCUGCUUUCUUCGCUGCCUUCUUCUCCUCCUUGCUCAACUUCACCCUCUUGGUGGCGGGCUCGGCGUCGUCUACAUCCAUGGCCUCACUCUUGCGCUUCUUCUUCUCUUUCUUGGGCGACGGCUCGAGUGUUGUCAGAGGCAUCUCGGCGUCAGCGUCGUCGUCGGCAUCGUCCUCCAGGGCGAGAUCCUGCAGGACCUUGCGCAUGGCCUCCGAGUUUUUAGAAGGGGCAGCUCCAGUCUCGAAAAAGUUGAGGCGCUCUUCAACUUGCGCUCGCAGAGCUUCUCCAAACUUGGCGGUGGGAUUGUCUAGCGGAACAUGUAAACACUCCAACAGACAAGCAGACAUGAUACACACCCGCGUAGCAGUCUAUACGCGAAGCAAUAGAACACUUGUUGGCAAGGAAUCGUGAGAUGCGGCCCUUAUGUUUCGGGCCUGCACGUCCGAUGAAGGAUGAGUGGUAGAUUAGGCCGUACUAUCGACGAUUGAGCGAGUGGUACAGACAGCGAGAACAAACACAUACCUUGGGAGUAUUGCCCUUCGUCUUGAGUGCGCGGAAGAGGGCCUUCUCUGCACCUAGAAUCUGGACGGUGCUUGCUGGAUACUUGCUCAGAUUCGUGAGACUCCCCGCGUGGCUGAUCAGGCGAGCGCCAACGCGCUCGCCCAGAAGCGCCGUCAGGCUCGGGGCGACCUGAUUCAUUUUCUCCGAAAGGUACGACACAAGCGACUUUCGAUAUUCUGCAAUGGACACAACGCGCGUUGCAAAGGCAGAGAUGUUGAGCAUGUCGAUUUCGGAGAGCGAAGAUCCCAUCGAGCCACGGGAUGCAUCCAGAAUAUUCUGAGCCAAAGUCGAGUCGUCUCCAAGCAGAGCCGCAAGGUCUGCCAGCUUCUCCUCAUUUAAGACGUCUUUGUCCCCGAUGAAUUGUGCAACAAGGGCAUACUGGUGAUUAUCCGGAACGAUGCGCACAAGUUCGGGAAAGUGGUACCCGUACCACUCUCGUAUCCGCAUCGAGAACAGGUUUACGUCCUUGUCCAAUUGAUCCAGGAGCGCGAUGGCCUGAAUGAUCAUGUUGUCGAUUCGGUUCACGUUGAAUUUCAACUUGGAGCGGGAGUACGAGUGACCCAGACCCAACUGGGCCUUGGUCAGGUCGUCAUCCUGCAGUCCCUUGAGCAGCUUGUUUGCGUGCAAUCGAAUGCCUCUGAUGAGCUCCUCCGCCUCGACAGACGCAUCGCAGUUGAUGUUGAGAGCAUCCUUGAUGCUUUUACCAAUGCUACUCUCUGACACAGCAAGAAGGACGGAAGAUUUCUUCGAACCCUUGGCGACAGUCAGCUCCAGGAGAGAUUUCAAGUAGUCGUUGAGGAUGCCUGUGGUCAUGAGUUCAAUUCUGCAUGAUGAGAUAGCAACAGACCUUCGGAUACAUCGUUCGCGUUUUCCAGAGCUUGUGCCGCGCUCUUGAAGGGCAAAAAGCUCAUUAACGUGACAAUUUUCCCAAACUUCGCUAGGUCGGUGAUCGACUGUUGCACUGCUGCAGUGCGAGAGCCAAUGUCGUCCGAGAGCUUGGCUUCAAAGAUGGCAUAGCCGGAAGCAGACUCAAAAAGGGCGUGGGUGAUGCGGCCCAUGGCGCCGACGAGGAUGGAGACUGGG